CCGCGGUCUCCUGCCUAGGGCGACGAAGCAGUAAGUCGGGUCGUGGGUGAGAUUACCCAUGGAAUGACGGAAAGCCGAACGGUGCGUCUCAAGAUCUUGCGGGAUAACUAUUUCGUUGGGUGAAGUGCUACAGCGUAUGCCAGCGAUUUACGUGGAUCGAUUAUCUUCCUUGGUGUGCCUACUAUGUAGUGCGGGAAAUUUGUUCAAGAUCUUGACGACUAUAGCCCUCGCCGCUAAUAUCCGCUACCGUUCCGUACGGCCAUCAAUCAUCAUAUUGUUGGGAAAGAAGUUCAGGACUUCUUCAUGGUCACUACCGCGGGUUCCUGGAAGAGGUAUUGUGAGCCCAAGCCCAUCUGCCUACAGUGGUCUUGUUAGCAUUCAGCCUUCUUAACAAGAUCUUCCUUACGUCUUCGAUCAUAUAUAUGUUUCAAUCACGGGCCCACACGCGGUAGCUACAACAAAUAGAGCCAAGCCUCUCGCCGCAUAUAUAAAUA